CGGGCGGGGCGAGGAGCUGAGAGCGGCUCGGUGUGCGCCUGCGCCGAGUGCCGGGACAGGGCGUGUUCCUCGUUCGGGUGCUCGUUUUGCAGAGACCGAGUGCAUCUCUCGCCGCCGGAGUGAGCUCUGCAGAAGCCUGUUGUUCCCACGCGCAGCCUGUUAGGUGCAGCCCUCCGCAGUGAGUCAUGUCCAAGUCUCUGAAAAAGUUGGUGGAGGAGAGCCGGGAGAAGAACCAGCCGGAAGUGGACAUGAGUGACCGGGGCAUCUCCAGCAUGCUGGACGUCAACGGCUUGUUCACCCUGUCCCACAUCACCCAGCUGGUCCUCAGUCACAACAAGCUAACGACUGUGCCACCAAACAUAGCAGAACUGAAGAAUUUGGAAGUGCUUAACUUUUUUAAUAACCAGAUUGAGGAGCUUCCCACGCAGAUCAGCAGCCUUCAGAAACUCAAGCACCUGAAUCUGGGCAUGAAUAGACUCAACACUCUGCCUCGAGGAUUUGGAUCGCUCCCAGCUCUGGAGGUCCUUGAUUUGACUUACAACAACUUGAAUGAAAAUUCUCUUCCCGGAAACUUCUUCUACCUGACCACCCUGCGUGCACUCUAUCUAAGUGACAACGAUUUUGAAAUCCUGCCGCCUGAUAUUGGGAAACUCACGAAGUUGCAGAUACUCAGCCUUAGGGAUAAUGACCUGAUCUCGCUGCCUAAGGAAAUCGGGGAGCUUACUCAGCUUAAGGAGCUCCACAUUCAGGGGAACCGUCUGACUGUUCUGCCCCCAGAACUAGGAAACUUGGAUUUAACUGGUCAGAAGCAGAUAUUCAAAGCAGAGAACAAUCCCUGGGUUACCCCCAUUGCUGACCAAUUCCAGCUUGGUGUGUCCCAUGUGUUUGAAUACAUCCGCUCUGAGACGUACAAAUACCUCUACGGCAGACACAUGCAGGCAAACCCAGAACCGCCGAAGAAAAAUAAUGACAAAUCGAAAAAGAUCAGCCGGAAACCCCUGACAGCCAAGAACAAAUAAGGGGUUGGCAUGGGCUGGACUUCUGGUUGCUUCUCUCAUUAUUACUUCUGUUCUCUCUUUUUCUAUCUCACAAAUGAAUACUGUGUGUGUGUUUGUUUUGGUUUUUUCUCUUUCUAGUGCUUACCACCUUACCUUUUAAAUUCUUUUGGUGGGUGGUAGAUUUUUUAUAAGUUCUUCAAACCAUUUCCAUUUGUUUCCUUGAAAUUGCCAAAGGCAGGAAACGAAGGCUUAAUUCAGCUGCAAAUUCCAUAUGAGGCACAGCUUUCAGCUCCUUGAAUAGAUGUUCACAGAGUUGCUUAUUAUGAAAAGAAUAAUUAAAAUCAUGUAAUCAUUUAAGUGCCAGUUAACACUGUUCACCCUUCUGUUUAUUCACAUAACUCAUUAUUUUUGCUUUAUUAACGGUUUUCCUUCACCACCGAGAUUUUAUGUCAACUUACAAAUGAUUUUAAUAAAAUCUUGACUUUGUGUCACAUGUUGCUUCUUGAAUAAAAAAAAAAAUCUGAUCUUGGGUAUACCCAUUUUUGUUUACUUUUUUCCCCAAAAUGAUCUUGUCCACUUUUACUGGUUGUCGAUGAUAAACUCUGAAACUUUCCAUGAAAGAAAUGCAGCAUUAAAUCAGUGUUAGUUUCUUCUCACAUCGAUUUGUCAGUUUUUUUUUUUUUUCCUUUGAGGACUGUUUCUAAAUUAGGAAGGAGCAGAAAAACAAAUCUCUAGGAGAUUUUGCCAAAGGAUUUUGGAAAGCAGCAUUGCUUAGCUGAAGGAAUGGUGACUUCUGCCAGUGGCUGGUCGACAAGAGCUGUGAAACAGAGAGAGAAAAAUACUCAAGUGUGUUUCUUGUCACUGCAGAAAAUCUGCUCAUAUCAGAGCAUCCUUCUAAGUGACUGCGAUGAUGCCAAAGAAGUUGUGUAAAUGUGCACACUCUGUGCCACACCCAGUGUAGAAACUGCAGCGGCAGAAUCAUUACACAAGUAAUUGCUUACCUCUGUGAUAGGCAGCUUUGCUCUUAUCUGCAGUAAUGUGUAUGUCAGUGGAAACACAUGCAAGCAGAAUGUUUGUGCUAAAAGGACUGCCAACCCUGGAAUGUCUUAAAAGGUGUGUGAAGAUGUAACAUUCUCUCAGAUGGAUUGUCUGUAUCUACCCUUUGCAUCUUCUUUUCUCCAUCUCACAGCUGAAACCCUGAGACCAAGACCACUGGAACAUAGAAAAAACCAGAAUCAAAACACAACCAAACAUCCUGAGUUACUUAGGAAACGGAGGCAUUCGAAUCACAGAGGUCACUACCGAAGGUCUAUACUUCUCGUUUCUGGAUAACUUCCUGAUAAAGCAUUCACCAGGGGAAGAAGAAUUCCCAGGUGCCAUCACCUGUUUGGGGAUUUAGUUGAUGUAAUUUUUCCAGGUGCAAUCUUUGCCUCAGCCUGAAUUUUGUUAAAUUUUUUUUAGCUUGUGAAAUUACAGGAGGAAGAGCAAUACCUCUACUAUUGGUGAUUGGAAAGACUUCAUCUAAAAUUAAACUAGCAACAAAGCCUUAGUAGAACUACCACAAUAUAGUCUUUUGAAUAAUUUUUUUUUAAAAGAUGAACACUCUAGAUAGAAAUAUGGGCAAUACACGUAAAUUCACGGGGAGGAAAUAUCUCCAAGAACCAUGAAAAAAAAAAAAACGGUCCAGCCUUACUAGUAGUCAAAAAAGUAUAAAUCAAAGCAAAAAUAAGACAGGUGCAACAAUGAGAAAUGUGCAUAUAUUUUUUAAGGUAGUGUUAAGUGCUAGAGGGAGUAAUAUGAGAUAAACAUUCUUAUACACUGCUAUUGGGGAUAUAAAUUUCUCUCCAGAAAGGUGGUAGGAAUUUAAUGAUAACUAGCAAAACUUUAAAAUUGGAAAGGAGGGUUAACUGUGUGUCCACAUGAUAAACUUUUAUGAAGACAUUAAAAAUUAUUGAACAAUAGGGGCAAAGGGAGAUAAUCAUAUUAUCCAGUUAAGUAAAAAAAAGUCACACUGAAAAAACGAUGUGAGUGGUCCCAAUUGUGGAGAAAGGAAAUUGUGUUUAUAAUAUGUAUGCACAGAAAAAUGGAAAUGGAGUGGGAUUUUAUGGCUGAUAAACUAUUUCUGUAUGGUAGGUUAAAAUUUUUAAAAUUUUCUUUUUUAUACUUAUUCUGUACUCUAAAUCCUCUGUAAUCAGCAUGUAUAUUUUUGUAAUCAGAAAAUAUUAAAUGCACAUCUUUUCAAAAUAGAA